GACGCCAUAGAUAUUUCUUCAGUUACCCAAAAAAUAUCUUUCGCGGCUCGGCCGAACUAUCAAAGAAACGGUGACGUGGCACCGAGAUGGUCCCCUUACACGUGGAAAAGAGCAGACAGCUGGAAAACUCUUUUUUCUUAUUCUCUCUCUCUCUCAGACUCUCUCUCGCAUUGUCUACGCUUGUUGCGUUUUGAGGAAGGCCAAGCACGGCAUCGAGGGUUUCUUGUCUGAACCCCGGCGAAUUUUAUCCAACUCCGGUGAAGAUUCUGCCGUCGAUAUGGAUGAUUUCAGACAGAGGGAGAAGCGGACGGCUUCGUGGAAGUCGGGGCGAACGCGUGACUGUUCUACUGGGCUCGUUGAUCAGGAAGAGGCUUCGAGCUUGGGCUCUCGAUUGACAGAACCCCUGCCUACUGAAUGGACAGAUGAGAAGCACCGAUUGUACCUAAAAUCCAUGGAAGCAUCAUUUGUUGAUCAAUUAUAUAAUUCUGUUGAUCUUUUCGGUUGGCGCUCAGGAGGAAUGAAGCCUGUAGAUCCACAAUCAUCUCGGAAAACUCAUUUGAACACACGUACCUCAUCUGGCCAGCUUAAAGUUCUUCGAGAUGACACCUGGCAGAAUAUCAAUGUUGAUAAAACUGAACCUCAACAUGACAAACCAAUUGGGUCUCGUGCACUUCGGGCAUGUUCGUGGGUCCAGCAUUUUAAAUCUUCUGGUAAGCAAAUUGGAACAUCUCCUGCUCGCCAAGAGAGAACUGGAUCCAAAAGUCAAGCAAUCAACUUGAGAGAAGAAAAGGCGUCAUGCAGUGGAUUAGAUGCUGUUUCAAAGUACUAUCCUGCGGGUGGCUUGCAUAUAUGCCAUCAAGAUUCAGCUGGCAGCAAUACAGAGGCAUCUGAUCAGAACUUUAUUGGGGAAGAUAUUGAAGGAGAGAAGCUUGGCAGUGUAAGCAGCGCUAAAAGGGCAAAGGCGGUGGUUGCUGAUGCAUCUAGCGACGAUCAGGUUGUUCCUCUGAGCAAGCCUCUUGUUACAGAAGAUCUUCCUGCGAAUCGUUCUUCAUCCAGAAGAAAAAGGCUUCAUAGCAAUGGCUAGCCAUCUGGAUUUGCGAGGAAUAAAUAGUCAACAGCUGGUAGCUGGGAUGUAAAUCCUUAGAGAGGGAGAGAGAGAGAGAUCUUCUGGCUUCAAAAUGUGGUAUUCACAGAAAAAAGGAGCUCGAGUCGGAAGAAUUUGCUAUUUUCCAUUCCCAUGCUAAUUUGUUUAUCUGGCAGAUGAGAGAGAGAGAGAGAGAGAGAGAGAGAGAGAGAGAGAGAGAGAGAGAGAGAGAGAGAGAGGGGCGGGGGAAGGUUGCACGGUGCGGAUGACAACUGGUCAUCUGCCCCUUUUUUUGUAUAUUUGGAUAUUUGGUGGUGUAUCUCAGAAGGAUAUGUUGUUGUAUCUUGACAGGUGCUACUCUUGAGUUAGCGCCGUGCUAGUUAUCUCUGCAAUCCCUCUUGCCCGCUUUCUCAAUUGUAUGCUUCAACCAAAAUUCAGCUUUGUAACCCGUGCUUUGUGUUUAUACAUUUUUUUUUUUUUGAGUUGUGUUA